AUGAAGUUUAUCAAUCAAUUCUGUCUCAUCCUCGCUUCUACUGGACUGGUCUCGGCCGUCCCAGUGAACCAGCUUCCUUCUGACCUGGAUCAUGGUGCCCACGAGUUAAUAGGCUACGGCUCCAAUGAGGUUGAGCUUCGGAGUCUCAAUACCGCGAAUCCUCUGGAGGCACGAAUCGACUGCAGGAAAUACGGCAACACAAUCGUGAGGAUUGGUACUAGCUCUGCCGUGGUCGCAUUUAUCCACCUAGGAACCAACUAUGCCCAGCAGGUCUGCAAUAAUGAAGGCGCCACCCACUGCGUCAAGUACGUUGGCUACGUGCAAGGCGCUCUCGACAUUCUCUUCGUUGCUUUGGCCUACGUGCAUGGAUCCGUUGGCGUUUCUACUACCAACGAGCAGUCCUCUUUCGUUGAUGGUGCGGUGCGGCGCGACCUCUCUUCGAGCCCUUCUUGGGAGGGCCUGGAUCAAGCUCUUCAGAACGAUGGUUGGAAGUUUGAUGUAUUGGAGCAAAUCGAUAUCUCCAACCUGACACUUUCCAAGCGAGACUCCGACCCUACGCUUGUCCACCGUUCUAUCGCCCGAAACGUGGUAUACGACGACCAGGGCAAAACCUCUGAUAUUGCAUUCAACUAUUUCGAUAACGGCGACUUGAACUUGCACUUUUCUGGUGACUACGGACACCUUCCUUCCGGCCUCGAUCAGAGCUCGACCCUAGAAAGACGCUUCAACGGUGCCGGAUUCAAGAUCUCAGCUACAACACGUGUACGCUCGAAGCUGACUCGGGAUCACGAGAAAAGCAUGGCCUAUCGCAUUGCACAAGAUUGGGCGAGUGAUUCUUACAGAUUCUCGAUGUCUGAUUACAUUGGACUUGUGAAGACCGAUCACACUGCCAACUUCUAUUUCCGUAUCAUUCCUGAGGUCAAGGGAUUCGGGCUCAACUAUGAGAGCGUCAACAUCUGCGGCCAGCUUGCAGGAUUCCUCUGA